AUGCCUAAAGAAAUCAAAGAUAUUAAGGAUUUCUUACUCAUUGCUCGACGUAAAGAUGCUAAAUCAGUGAUUAUUAAACGUAAUCCUGAACAUGGUACACGGCAAGGAAAUACCAAAUUCAAAGUACGAUGUAGCCGUUAUUUAUAUACAUUAAUUGUGGCCGAUAAAGAAAAAGCUGAAAAAGUCAAACAAUCAUUGCCACCUGGUCUUAAUGUAAAAGAAAUUAAACCAAAAGGCAAAAUCACAUUUAUUAGCGCAAUAAUAUUAGUGCCUCAUAGAGUCAACAGUUUAUUUGAAGAUCAAGUAGGCAAAUUUGAUUGGCAUCGUCAACAUGUUGGUUUCAUAGAUGAUUCUCAUCAACCUUCCGCUAGUACAAAUCGUUUGAUUAUUUCCAGUCAAGAUAAUGUUGUUGCUUCGCUUGAUUUAUCUGCACGAAAAAUCGAGAGCACAGACAAAAACACUUUAUAA